AUGUUGUUUGGCUCGCCCCACGGGUCGGUGAUGUCUUGCCAGUCGCUGGCGGCGCGCGCCUUCGCCGAACCGGACAAGGACCCGUCGCAAUGCGUCGCCUUCCAUAGGACGGUUCGGUUCAGCUCGGAGUCGCGUAGCUCAACCAGAGUUACUAAUGAUUCGGACUGCAAGCGGGAAACUUCUGGUGGUAUGUCGCUGUCGACGCUGGCGGUGACCCCGUUGCCGCCGGCAACCGCUAUGAGCCAGUCCGCACCGCCCGCUUCCAUCUCAUUCGACCUCAACGAUGAGAGGCCGCCGCCGCCGUCGUGUAGGUUUCCGAAGCUGGAGGAGUGCGCGCACUUCCACUACGAGCGGGUGUCGCUGGGCGGGCUCAGCGUCGAGACCGUGCCCUGCGAGGACCAGUGCGAGGAGAACGACCCUAGUGAGGGGUGGAUUUGUCUGCGUGUCCGUUCGCACGUGAGCGGCGGCUGCGAUGAGUCGGCGGAGGCGCGCACACUGGCCGGCAGCUGGAGCGAGCCCAGCCACGUGCGCGAGUGGACGCUCUCGCGCAGCCGAGACCACUUCCUGCAGCUGGACGACAUGCUGCACAGAUGCAUCUACGACCGCAAAGUGUCAGGGCUGCCAAACUUGUCAGAAGAGUUACGGUCGCCGUGUGAUGACUCGCGCUACCAGCAGCUGAUCGGGGACUAUGUACACCAUCUCUCUAUCAUCGCAGACGACUCCAUAAACUGUGGACCUGUGCUUAACUGGUUGCAAAUGGACAACAAGGGGCACAAGUUACUAGUGGCUAAUGAAGACUCAAGCUCGAUCAACACGCCGGCCGUGGCCGCUGGUUACUCUGUUCGAAAAUAUGUUUCACAGGCUCGUGAUGAAAUAAGCUUCGACGUGGGUGACAUGAUAUCCAUCAUCGAUAUGCCGGGGCCGCAGGAGUCGGAGUGGUGGCGCGGCAAGCGCGGGUUCCGCGUGGGCUUCUUCCCGCGCCACUGCGUCGCCGUCAUCGGCGACAAGGUGCCGCGACACAUGACGCAGCCGCCGCCCAUCGUCGGGUCAGUGGCAGUAGCCCCUAUAAAACCAGUGCUUCGGAAGCACGGCAAGCUGAUCUCCCUUUUUCGAAGCUUCAUCCUGUCCCGGCCAUCGAGGAGGAGUCUCAAACAGCAGGGCAUUUUAAAAGAACGAGUCUUUGGUUGUGAUCUAGGGGAACAUUUGCUGAAUUGCGGUCAUGAUGUGCCGCUGGUGCUGACGGAGUGCGCGGCGGCGAUCGAGCGGCGCGGCGCGGUGGACGGCGUUUACCGGCUGUCGGGCGGCGCUGCGCUCACGCAGCGCCUGCGCGCCGCCUUCGACGCGCACCAGCGCCCCGACCUGCGCCCGCCGCUGCAGCGCGACCCGCACGCGCUCGCCAGCCUGCUCAAGAUGUACUUCCGCGAGCUUCCAAAUCCGCUGUGCACGUACCAACUAUACGAUAGCUUUGUCAGCGCGGUGCAAAUCCCUGACGAAGCAGCGAGGCUAAAAGCGAUGAAGGAGACAGUCGUGAAAUUGCCACCGCCACACUACAGGUUAUGGUCCUUCGAGCCUGAUUUAUCUAUUACAUCAAAUUUUUUUUUAUAA